AUGACAGAGACAACGCAAAGCCCAGAUGAUGCUGCUGCUCAGAGAGCUGCCGAGCAGGCCCGUCUUCGCAAGGAACGCCGCGAAGCAAAGCUCAAGGCUGGAGGUUCUGCAAGACUCAACAAGAUCACCGGUCUGGGGGAACCCGAACCUGCCAUCGCAACUACCACAGCGACUGACGCUCCCACACCAGCUCCCGCUGCCUCAGCAUCCGUAGCAUCUUCAACUGCUCAGCAUGCGGACCCCGAUGAAGUUGACAUCUCAGAACACUACUAUGAGACCAAGCGCACUGUCAAUUCACGCACGAGCGCCCCCGAAACCCUGGAGCCCAAUAUGUCAGAAGACCAGUUGCGACAAAUGAUGCUUGGCUUCGAGCGCGGCAAUGCUAGCGGCACUGCUAGUCCUGCCCCUGGCGGCGUUGACGAAGACCCCAUGAUGAAGAUGAUGUCUCAGCUCAUGGCCGGCGCAGGCCUUCCUGCGGGCUCUAUGCCACCCUUCCCUGGCAUGCCCGGUGCAGCGCCCGGCCAAGGGCCACCCGUACCCCAAACUGCUGUGCGCAGCAGUGCUUCUACGAACCUCUGGCGCCUUCUCCAUGCCAUUGUUGCUCUGGGUCUCGGCUUCUACAUUGUACUUCUCACCCCCUUUACUGGUAGUAAGAUCGAGCGCGAGCGCGCGGCUCUUGCUGGCACAACACCUGCGGAUCCCCUCAUUGCAGCCGCUGAGCCUGAGAUGGAGACGGAGCUUGAGCAUCGCAAAAAGCUAUUCUUCUGGACCUUUGCGACUGCUGAGACCCUCCUCCUUACGACCAGGUUCUUCCUUGGCAGGAGAGGUAGCCCUCCUGCCGGCAUCGUGGGCACUGUGAUGCAAUUCCUGCCACAACCUGCCAAGGGUUAUGUUGAAAUCGUGAUGCGCUAUGGUCAAAUCUUCACAACCGUGAGAAGCGACAUGUUGGCAUGCAUCUUUGUGCUGGGAGCAGUUGCUUGGUUUAAGGGAUAA